AUGACGUUUAAUGCUCUUGCACAAAGUUUGGUCGACUACAAAUAUAUAGACAAUGACGUGGAAAUAAUGAGUUGGACAACGAGGAAAUUGGAGAUUUUAAAAGUUGUCAGAGAUUCUCGUUGCGAUAUUAUUUGUCUUCAAGAGAUUGAUGAGGCUGAUUAUCACGAUUUUUUUGUAGCUGAAUUCAAAGCCCUUGGUUAUUCUGUAAUAUACAAGAAGAAACUACAAAAUAGGCUAGAUGGUAUAGCUGUGCUAUAUAGGCCGUCUAGGUUUAAGUUGUUGGUCCAAAGAGACGUUGAAUUCUCAUCUGAGCAUGGGCAAUAUGACAAACCACAAGUUGCGCUUGUGGUAGCCCUGGAAGAUGUCAAUAGUGAUGUCUACAUUGUAUCAAAUACGCAUUUGUUGUUCAACAAAAAUCGGGGGGAUAUAAAGGCAUACCAAUUGUUAAUGCUACUUAAUGUGAUUAAUGAAUUCAAGGCUGAAUUAAGAGAACGCAAUCCAAUUGUUCUGAUGUGUGGAGACUUUAAUAUCACUCCACAAAGUCUCUUGUACAGCUUUUUGGAUGAGGGGGUCGCAGUGUUAAAAAAUUCUAAUCCGAAGCGCAUUUCUGGGCAGUAUUUAAUGUUUGAUGAGACGUAUCUUACAUCCUCUGCUGGCCAUUCUGAUGCGGGAUCUACAGUAGGAAGUUUUAAACAUUAUGCGGAUGACGUUUACGGUAACGUUAAAAAUGCCAAAUUGCCUAGGGAAGAUGAAGAAGAGGAAGAAACGGAACAGGAGAUGGAAUGGUAUAUAGAAUUACGUAAUAAACAUUCGCAGCUUUUUAAAGGUGAUGGUGUAGUCCUCACUGCUACUGAGGCAUCUACAGAUGAAACUGAUCCUGAGCACAGCAUACUUUUGUCCCCACUAGUACUCAAGAGUGCUUACAAUAGAGAUGCAGACGUGGAAGAUAUGAAGGCAGAACCCGCCUAUACAGCUUACCAUGGGUGGCAAAGAGGAUGUGUGGAUUAUAUUUGGUACGAUCCCCAACAACUGGUUGUAGAGGCAAUUUACGAAAUGCCACUCUAUAAACGCGUCCGUGCGGGAGGAAACUUGCCAAACAAACACUGGCCCUCAUCGGAUCACUUUAGUUUAAUCUCACAGUUCAAGAGAGGGUAA